AUGGCUCGCAACCCGGCCAUUGACCCCCCACGUUUCGCACCGCCCGCGAAGGUCUACUCGGCCACCUCAUCACCCACGCACUCUCGAUCUCCCUCUCCGUCGCGACGCAAUCGCAACCACGCGCAGUCCGACGAUCUUCUAGGCCGUGAUCUUUCUCCAACCCGCACCCUUGAAGCGUUCACAUCGACUCCUGGAAGCGAAGAGAGCAAGAGCCAGGCAGCCUUGGUACGCUUGAUUGAGAAGGCAUCGACUUCGGAAAGAGCUUUUGGUAUCAGGAUUGCCCAGACAUGCAAAGACAUCAAGACCUGGCACAUCGAGCUGCAACAAUGGCCCUGGUCCAACUCGUUCGAGCCUCCUGCCCAUGCUGCACACGCUGUUGAGGGUCCCUACUGGGGUAGCCUUCGCGAAAGCCAGAUUCUAGCAUACGAACAACGCAUCCAGGACAUUCGCGAAGCCUUGUUUGACCAAGAUGUCGACGAGCUCAAGGAAUAUGUCCUCUCCCAGCACCUUCAACCAAAGUCGUCCGAGCUUGAACACUACGAGCGUCUUGAUGACUUCACUGCCCUGAUCACGGCCACGAUCCUGCGUGCCUUGCCCGAUCUCUCACGCUUGAGUCGUCUGUUGGACACUUGGUCUAUGCGUGUGACGCUGCUGCGCAAGGUUCCUGGCUAUCUCAGAGGCCUUGGUCAAGCCAAGACCGAUUUGGACAACGCUUGGUCUGGCAUGGCUCAGCGUCUUCGAGACACAAAGGAUACAUCUACUGUGCGCAGUGCUUUCCAGGCUCUUCAAGAACAGUUGGAGUCACGUAUGGGUAAAGUCGGCGGGCGGCUCGACGCCAUGUUGGAUGACCUUGAGGGACGCGAAGAAACACUUCCGGAUGCUUGGAUAGACUCGUUUGAAACACUCGAGUCGAAUUACAGCGAUUGGCGCACUCAGACCGAGCGUCACAUUGUGGGUCAUAACAUGCCCCUGCCCGUACCCGCCAGCAAAGGCUACGCUCUUGCUGAUGUGACAACUCGCGAGAUUUCUGCCUCUUCUGUAAACUCUUCGCACCACGAUGGGCACACCUUGCCGGCCGGGGGUAGUUCGGCUGGAUUCGUGAGUCAGAAUGACGAGCAUGCUCUUGUUCAACCAAUCGAGAGCCCAAUCUUGGGGACAGGCUCUUCAUUCUUACCCGAUCUAGACGAGACAUCUGACAUAGAAAGCGACAAUCUCUCUAGAGACUUGAAGAAGGCACCGCUCUUGCCAAUUGAUACUGCUCAGCCAGCCGUGUCGGCCACUGCUUCUCUACAGCGAGCUGGCAGCUUGAAGUCGUUAUCAUCAACUAUCUCACGCUCUCGCCAUGUUCCCAUUGUUGUAAGUCACAGCGAUGGUGCACCGUCAAGUCCCUUGUACUCGAUUGCGCCAACUCCUGAUCUUGGAUCUCCAGCUGUUACUGCUCCCGCCUCUUCAUCGCCAGCUAUUGAGCAGGGCUCGCCGGCUGUGAGCAGUGUUCGCGCCAGAGCAGCUUUCCUCAACGGAGGUAUCGAACGCACACAGUCCCUGCAGAAAUCUGUCAACAGUCCUGUUCGAUCCUUUGAACACGCUUCCAUGGCCUUCACAAAGCUAUUCAACAAGACUAACAACGCUUCAAACAAUGCCUCUAAUCAUUCCAGGACCAGCUCUACUUCUAGUCGAGCAAGUAACCGCAAAGGGCUGGGACUAGGCAUCAAGAAUCAUGAAGGCUUCCGCCACUUUCAUCGCUCUUCGUCUCCAACAAUGCCUCCUCAGUCCGACUCGAACGGUCCUACGCAUAUAGCCAGAGAAUCGCAGCCGUCUAUUCAGUCUUCAUCGCGACCAGUCCCCAACCACCUGGUUGGUAAUGCAGAGCAGGUUGCAGCACCUCGUGCCGUCUCUCAGCCAGCCCGCACGAACAUUCCACAGGAUCUCGAACGGCCGAUGGAUGCAUUCAUCACGCCAGAGAUCGAACAAGACUAUUUCCCUUCUACUGAGAACAGCAAGUCGACGCUUGAUUCAAAUUGGGACUCGCCAGCGCUCACUGAGUUCCCGGAGAACUGGCCCCUACCCGUCAGAAUCUAUGGCGACGAAAUUCACACACUCAAGGAUCCGAUGGAUUCUGACGUGUUUGAGAAGAUGUUUGUCGACAGUCUACCUGGGACCCCACAGACCAAGUCUCGACCACCAUCACAGGAAAGCAACCCUUUCGAGAAGAUGUUUAGGUCGAAACGAUCAAACUCGAAAGAGCCGCUUUUCGACGAUACGAUGCUUGACGAUAUCACUCAACACAAACCUCGUAGUGGAUCGUCGUCACCCGGCAGUGCAAGACCACGACAUUUGUCCAGGCCCAGCACCACCAGCUUGCCAUUUGAACCUAUCACAGAGAUGCCAACACCUGGGUCGUUCGAUGCAACCCCCGAGGUUCAAGACGCUUUAUCGGCGGGCUACUUCAGGGCCAAGCAAGUGCAGACGUCACCGGAAAGUCGGAUAUCGCCAGUUCCUACGAGUAACACCUCAUGGAGCAAUUUCAGUGCUGUCGGUGCCGGACAUGAUCAGGUUCUUGAGGACUCUGACGAGCACAACGAUCAAUACAGCCCCAAAAGGAGGCAAUCAAUGAUCAAGAGGGCUUCUGUAACUUCGAUCGAGGCUCACUCGCGAUCAGAGCUCAACACAAUCGAGAUACCUGAUAUACCCCGGCGAUCUAGUUUCUCGCCACCAACCACAGCCAAGCUGAUCAAGGAUCCAGCUUUCGAGGAUGCGAUUGACGAUCAGACUGACCUUGGUGGUGAACCUCCUGCGUUCGGACUGCCACCUCCAACCUUACGUUCUGAUAGCGGAAGAAGUAAGAUUGCCCAAGCUGUCGGAGCUUCGAAGCUGCCGCCACUGAAUCUCGAAGUGCACAAGCGUCGUUACGUUGUCGAACCUGAGGCCACGCCCAAAGCUUCAGAGACCAACCGCAGUAUCUCUCAGCCUGAGACGGCUAGAAAGGGUCACGCACGUAACAUAUCGAACGCCGAGCAGUUGGAUCGACAUGUCAGCCGCGUUCUGAAUACUUUGCCAUCUCGUAUCGCCUUCAAGCCCUCGCUCUCGCUUCCAUCCCGUGAGCCAUCUCGUGAGCCGUCUCCAGCCCCAAACAAUGCGACCAGCUAUUCUCGACCACGACCUGGCUUGCCGAGCAAAUCUCCUCGUACUGGACUCACUCUAUCAGCCGUGCAAUCUGAAUUGUCCUCCAGAAGGCUGAAUGCAAAUGAUGCGGAUGGAAAGAUGUACUAUCUGACACAAGAAGGAAAAGAACAGCCCAUUAAGCUAUUUGUCCGUCUUGUUGGAGAGGGAGAACGCUGUAUGGUACGUGUAGGUGGUGGUUGGGCUGACCUAGGCGAAUAUCUACGCCAAUACGCGGAGCACCACGGACAUCGUACUUUUAGUGACGGUAAGCUGGAAGUGGGCGGCACACGUAUUGGUGGGACUACAAAGACUCGCACGCCGCUGAGCAGGCCUGGCAGUGUUCUUGACCGUCCAGACAGUAGUAUGAGUUUCCGCAGUCGUUCGUCCUCGGGUGUUGUAGGGGCUUCGAUGCCAUCGGAUAUGCCGCAAAGUAGUCCUUCGGCUACGACCCAGCCCAUAGACCUCACGCCUACCACUGCCCGUAACGGUGCUUUUCACACUCCAACCGGCUCUGUGAAGAGCUCUUCGCGCCCUUCAACCGCCGACACCUUCCUGAAUGCUUCUCCAUCGUCAUGGUCAGGUCAGGAUAUCGGUCUUGCAGGUCCCUCGAUCAAGCACUCACGUGGAAACCGCGAGCUUGACGAGCAAAAAGCUCGCUGGGUGGAAGAUAUGAUGAAUCGAGCCAAACAAGCCAGCAGCGUCGAAAGGAAGAAGAGCGAGCCGGACCGUACCGCUUGGUCGGACAUGGGCAAGGUCGGCGGCACUCGACGCAUGAUGUUCCGCCACAAGACUAGCGGAGAGAAUGGAAGUGGUUAG